ACACCCUGAGGACUGAGAGAGGCACGGGGGGAGGAGAGAGUAACACAGAGUGGUGUGAGAGUGAGUGGAGGACUAAAAAAGUCUGUAAAGAAAGAGAGGUUCCUCUCCAACGUUAAUUUCUGUCAAAGAAGUAACGAAGCUUUGCGGCGGGGAGAUGUCAAACAGCGGCGAAGAUGUGGUUGAGACGGAGUAAACAGCUACCGGACAGUUAGCUAAAGAACUUGUUAGAGGACAGAGAAAGGCUUUUCGGCUGGCUCGACUCGGGACGGUUGGCCGUUUUUCCGCCGCAACUUGACUAGAUUUCAACGCUGCUAGUUACGGGACGAGAGCCGAGGAACAGGCAGCGAGUUCUUGACCGCUCAGCUCGGUGGAAAGCAAGCCCUUCGGUCGGUUUGGUCGAUUGGCGGAGAGCUGUGGGUGAAACGGAACGAGAGAGCGCGGCGGCUCGACAAGAGAGAGCUGCUGAAGCAGUAGCUACAAAAGUUUGCCGUGUGUCUUCACCUAGUUUUCCAGAUUGGGAACUAGAAGCGAAAGAAGAGGCCGAGAGACUGACUUUUAUUUCCACAAGCAACUUUGUGGAAUUCACCCAGUUUGGUGAACUUUAGCCACUUGCUGUCUUGCCAAGCAGCUAAAGCCGAAAGAAUGAAAACACCCGGAGAUACUGGGUUCGCCUUCCCAGAAUGGGCUUACAAGCCUGAGUCGAGCCCCGGAUCCAGGCAAAUCCAGCUGUGGCACUUCAUCCUGGAGCUGCUCAGGAAAGAGGAAUAUCAUGACGUCAUCGCCUGGCAGGGGGACUAUGGCGAGUUUGUCAUUAAGGACCCAGACGAGGUGGCCCGACUGUGGGGGGCCAGGAAGUGUAAACCCCAAAUGAACUACGAUAAACUGAGCAGGGCGCUGAGAUACUACUACAACAAGAGAAUCCUUCAUAAGACCAAAGGCAAGAGGUUCACCUAUAAGUUCAACUUCAAUAAACUGGUUUUGGUCAACUACCCUUUCAUCGACAUGGGCUCCACUGGAAGCAGUGUCCCUCAGAGUGCCCCUCCUGUCCCCACCGGUGCAACGACCCACUUCCGCUUUCCUCCUUCAACACCCUCUGAAGUCCUCUCCCCCAAUGAGGACCUGCGCAGCCCCGGUGGCAUGUUCAGCUCUGUGGCUCGACGAAUGGCCCGUGGCUCCGUCAGCGACUGCAGCGACGGCACUUCGGUCAACUCUGAGAUUGAGGAGGGCAACACAGGAGCAGGAGAGGAGAGGGGAGAGAGGGGUGUGAGCGGAGGAGGAGGAGGACCUGGCGGUGGAGGAGGCUAUCGGAGUAUCAUCCAUCCUCGUCUGUCUCAUGAAACCCUGUUCCGCAUGUAUGGAGGACCAGGCAACCCAGCUGCUCACCCAGGCUCCCGUGGUCCUGCAGGGCACCGGAUCCACACAGAGCCCCUGUCCCCCUUCCCUGUGUCCCCUCUGCCAGGGCCAGGAGGAGCUGGCCUCUUAGCCCCUCCUCUAUCCCCAGCGCUCUCCAUGACCCCCACAUCUCACCUCACCUACACUCCCUCGCCCACCCUGUCCCCUAUGCUAGGCUCCCACUUUUCCUUCAACCCAGAGGACAUGAAGCGCUACCUGCAGGCCCACACCCAGUCAGUGUACAACUACGGCCUCAGCCCGAGAGCUUUCCUCCAGUACCCCAACAUCGUCAUCCCUCAGCCCCACCGGCCCGCCACAGACAAAGCUGGUCUGAGUGGAGAAAGAGGAGCGGCCGAGAGAGCAGAAAGAGCAGCGACAGCAGGCGGAGGAGAGAGGGGAGGGGAACGGCACCACCACCCACCUCUGGCUCACUCCGCCCACCACCACCCGCAUCCACCUCACUCUGCCCACCCUCACCCCCAUUCCCAUCCCAUGCAUCACCCACUCCAUCUUGGUGAGGAGCCUCCGCACAUGUCACCCUUCAAGUUCAAAUUGCAGCCGCCGCCACUGGGCAGGAAGCAAAGGGAGACUCAAGGGCAGAACAAACCCAGGCAGAGCUCGCUGUCCUCAGGCUCAGGAUCCGGGUCCAUGUCAUCUACCUCUGGCCUGGGAUCCUCACUGUCAUUCGGGAGUGACCUGAGCUCAGCCAGCGGCUCAGGCCUCAUUUCUGCCUCCUCCUCAACGCAGUCUCUAAACAGUGCAGGACUUCCGAAGAUAAAGGUGGAGCCCAUCUCUGACAUAGAGUCGGAGGAAGAGGUGGAGGUGACUGACAUUAGUGAUGAGGACCCAGAUGAAAGAGAUGAAGAGUUUGAGCUCUUCUCCCCUCGCCACCUCAGAGCCCCUAACCACCACCACCUUGCUAACGGCACAGCCGCACCACAACAUCAACCCCAUCCUGAUGAAGACCUGGAUGAGGACGUCUUCAAAGCCCCUGCUCCGCCUCCACCUGGCCUGAUGCCUUUUUUUACCUCGCAGCACGCACACUCCAAUGCGCAUCGUGGGCUGCCCACCCUCAAGAUUGAACCCACCGAGCCAGGGGAGAGCAACA